UUUAACACUCACUUGAUGGAUUUGUCUUCUGUUUGUCCCUCCCUUUGUCUCCCUCUCCCCCUUCCUGUCCUCUUCACACCUGAAGCACAAGAGUCCGCUGACCUUGUGCUCUUAAUUGACGGAUCAGAGAACGUUGGAGCUGCCAACUUCCCCCAUGUCCGCGAUAUCGCCCUGAGAGUGAUCGAAAGCCUUAACGUGGGCAGAGAUGCCAUCCGCGUGGCCGUGGCACUGUAUGGCGCCGACCCCGAGAUUAAGUUCUAUCUCAAUAGCCAUGACAACAAAGGGUCGGUCCAGACUGCCAUACAGGGGCUCACGUUCCCAGGUGGCGAUGAGGCAAAUUUGGGCGCUGCCUUGGAGGAAGUAAUUGAAAGCCUGCUGAUUACGGAGGCAGGGGGAAGGGCAGAGGAGGGCGUGCCACAGAUCCUGGUUGUAAUCAGUGCAGGGCUAUCCAGCGAUGAUAUCAGUUUAGGGGAGCAGGCCUUAAAGGAGUCCAAUAUCUAUACUUUUGGUGUGGCCAUUGGUGAGACGGCAAGAAGCACUAUGGAAAUGGUGUCAUCCGAUUCAAGCUUUGUGGUAAAUGCUCCUGAUCUGACAGCUGUGGAUAGCAUGGCUGACCAACUGCUACCAUACAUUAGUGGUGUGGCUAAACGGGAAAUUGUGUUACACACUCAAAUUACUCAAGGUAUGGACAGUCCAACCAUCCAAGUUGGGGCAAGGGACAUCAUUUUCCUACUUGACAGCACUAUGGGGAGUACUUCUCUGAAUGCAGUGCGUGAGUUUAUCAGAAAGUUUGUCGACACUAUGCCAAUAGGUUCUGACCAAGUGCAAAUUGGUUUGGCACAAUUUGUCUCAACCCCCAGUUUAGUGUUUGACCUGAACACACACAGCUCAAGCGCCACAAUAAGUGAUGCGCUGGCCAAACUUCGCCCUAAACCUGGGACAACGGUGAACAUCGGUGCCGCGUUAGACUUUGUAAGGAACAACAUGCUGAAACAAGAAAAGGGCAGUCGCAUCCAAGAAGGUGUGGCCCAGCUCUUGUUGUUGUUUACCAGCAAGAAGUCAACCGACAGCGUGGACCAAGCAGCAACAGCCCUCCAGCGUCUGGGAGUUCUUACCAUGGCAGCGGGGCAAAAAUCAGCUGAUCAGGCAGAGCUUCAGACUAUUGCUUUUGAUCCGAGUCUGGUGUUCAUGCUAAAGGACUUCCGAGGGUUGCUACGCAACCCAAAAAUGAUAGUGUCUCCACUCUCUACAUUAUCAGGAGUUGUUGUUACAGAAGGACCGACAGAGCCAGUGGUGGAAAUAACAACAGUGCAGACCCAGAAGGUGGUCAGAGAUAUUAUCUUCCUGGUGGAUGGGUCAGACUACGUUGGUGGUAGAAACCUGCCCUUUAUCCAGAGUUUCAUCAGUGGUAUUGUUAACCGCCUGGAUGUGAGGCCUGAACGUGCACGGAUUGGGCUCAUGCAGUAUUCUGACAGACCAAAGACAGAAUUCUCCCUGAACACCUAUGAGUCUAAGCAAGACGUUCUUACUGCCAUUUCACAGCUUCGCCUGAUGGGAGGUCGCACUUUGAACACUGGUGCCGCCCUUGCGAAUGCCCUGGAAAAUAAUUUCCAGGCUUCCGCUGGGUCUCGUAGGAGAUCGGGAGUCCAACAGGUGCUUGUUCUUAUCACUGGAGGUCCAUCCCAAGAUGAAGUGAAAAGAGUGGCAGACAGACUGGCAGUGGAAGGGGUUUUAACCUUUGCAGUCGGUGCAGGCCAAGCUGAUGAAAGGUUCCUUACAACUGUAGCCUUUGUACCACAACUGGCCUACUAUGAGGACCGUUUUGAUUCCCUGCCAAAUGUUAUUGAUCGGAUAUUUACACCACUGAUAACAGUGGUUGGAGACACAGAGAAUGUAACACCACCUCCAGCACCACCUGGAGGAGAGAGGGAUGUGGCAUUCUUGAUUGAUGGCACUGACGCUGUCAGAGCAGACUUCCCCUACAUCCGCGACUUCAUCAGAAAGGUCAUAGAGCCUCUUGACAUUGGGAUUGACAAAGUUAGAAUUUCAGUGGUGCAACACAGUGAGAGGCCUACACCAAACUUUUAUUUGAACACCUAUCCCACCAAAGAGGAAGUGCUGAACGCUGUUAGUGGGCUGAGCCUGGCUGGAGGGCGGAGUCUGAACACUGGCGUUGCAUUGAAGUUCAUGAAGGACACUAUCCUUUCACCAUCGUAUGGCAGCAGAGCAUCCCAAAAUGUCCCACAGUUUUUGAUUGUGCUUACUGGUGGAAGAUCACGAGACAAUGUGAAGGACCCAGCUGGAGAUCUGAAGACUAAAGGAGUGGUGCCAUUUGGUGUUGGUGUAAAGGAUGCGGAUAUCAAGCAGAUUGAAGCCAUCUCUCACAAUCCAUCCUUUGCUUUCAAAGUGAACGAGUUCAGUGAGCUUGACAAGGUCCAGGAGAGGCUCAACCAGAUCGUGAAUCUUCCCAAAGAAGAACUGGCACUUGUUCUGGAACAAGGUAAGUCAAAUCUCAAUUUUGAAAUUGGCAAAUGCUGGGAUAUCUGCUGUGUGCCUCAAUGCUGUCAAUUUUAUGUCUUAGUUCAUGCCUCUGAUGUAAAGAGAGAUGUUGUGUUCCUGCUGGAUGGUUCUGAUGGAACAAGGAAUGGAUUCAGAGAUCUAGUUGACUUCAUUCAGAGACUAGUAGAAACUCUCAAUGUCAAUGAAAAUAAUGACAGAGUUUCAGUGGUCCAGUACAGUGGAGACCAAGAGACCAAUUUCGAUCUGAAUGCUUAUUCUAAUAAAGAUGACGUUCUCAAUGCUAUAAGAAGUCUCAAACACAAAGGUGGCACGCAAAGUAAUACUGGGGCUGCUCUCACAUAUGUGAGGCACAGUAUAUUUACGGCAUCUUCUGGAAGUAGAAGACUAAAAGGGGUCCCUCAGAUUCUAGUUCUGAUAAGUAGCUCAUCAUCAAGUGAUGAUGUUGAGGGUCCCGCAGAAGCAUUGAAAGACCUUGAAAUACUGUCAAUAAGUGUUGGUGUGGGCAACACAAAUGAAAAUGAGCUGGAAAUGAUUACGGGCACACCGAAUCUUGUGCACAAGAUCUCUGGGUUUUCUUUCAUACCCUUAAUUGAGCCACUGCUUGUCGCUCAACUUCAAAGCAUUUCAAAAGACACCAUGGAAGCUGCUGGAGAGUUGCCUGACACUAUAGUUGAAUUAGACGCAGCACAAAGAGACAUUGUUUUUCUGCUGGAUGGAUCUGAUGACACAAGGGAUGGAUUCCCUGCUGUACUGCAGUUUGUGGAAAAUGUGGCAGAGAAACUGAGUGUGGAUCAGGAUCAUGACCAGUUGUCUGUGGUACAGUACAGCAAUGACCCAGUGGUUCAUUUCCAUCUAAAUACUUACACGUCCAAGAGAGAUGUCAUCAGUGCUAUCAGGAACCUGCAACACAAAGGGGGAAGUCCACAGAACAUGGGAACGGCCCUUAACUAUAUAAGAGAAAAUGUUUUUUCCCCUUCAACUGGAAGCAGACGUCUUGAAGGUGUUCCCCAAAUUCUCAUUGUGUUGACGGGUGGAAGGUCACAAGAUGAUGUUAGGCAUGCUGCUUUGGGCCUGAAAGAGGAGAAGAUUUUAUCAUUCACAAUUGGAACACAAAAUGCAGAUAUAAUUCAACUACAAACAGUAGCUCACAUCCCUAGCUACACUAUUUCUAUUCCUCACUUUGGAGACCUUCAAAGUAUUCAACUCAAACUUCUGUCAUUUGUAAAACAUGUCCCUCGCUCACCAAGAUUGCAGUCUCCUCCUGUAGUAGAAGAUAUUGGGCGAAGUGAUGUUGUAUUCUUGAUUGAUGGCUCUGAUGCCCUGAGUUUUCCGCUGAUGAAAGAUAUUGUACUCAGAGUUGUGGAGAAACUUGAAUUUGGACCAAAUAAAUGUCAGGUUGCAGUAGUCCAGUACAGUGAUCAGGCAUCAGCUGCCUUUCUGCUCAACACACACUCCAAGAGGGAUGACAUAAUUGAAAGUGUGAGACAGUUGAAGCAAAGAGGUGGAAGACCUCUGAACACUGGGACAGCUCUUCAGUAUGUGAGGGAUCAAGUAUUUACUGAGUCCUUUGGGAGCAGGCGUCUUGAGGGUGUCCCUCAGUUGUUGGUUCUCUUGAGUGGUGGAAGGUCUAAUGAUGACAUUAGAGGUCCUGCUGCCUCCCUGAAAGCCACGGGAGUGAUCCCGGUGAGCAUUGGCACAGCAGGCGCAGACACCCUUGAGCUUCAGACAAUAUCACAACAACCAAACUACUACUUUAUGAUAAAUGACGUCAAUGACAUUCCAACGGUACAGGAGAAGCUCUUGUCUUUGGUGAGGAGUACUUCUCCUCAAAAGAGACCAACUUUGCCACCACCUUCAUUUGAAUCUACCAAAAAAGACAUUGUGUUCCUUCUCGAUGGUUCUGAGGAUACUAGGGCUGGUUUUGAAUGGAUUCGUGGCCUUGUUAAAAAAAUUAUUGAAAACCUCAACAUAGAGGAAAAUGGUGACAGAGUGGCCCUUGUUCAGUACAGUCGGGAAGCAAGAGCCAAUUUCUACUUAAACUCGUAUUCCUCAAAGAACGACAUGCUUAAUGUGGUCCAGUCUUUGAGACACAAACGAGGAAGACCGCUUAAUACUGGAGCAGCUCUACAGUUUCUGAAAGAUAAUGUCUUCAUUACUUCAUCUGGAAGCAGAGUCUUGGAGGGUGUACCACAAAUACUUUAUAUAUUUAGUGGUGGAAGGUCUAAUGAUGAUGUGCGAGCAAUAUCACAAGUUUUAAGAGACAGCAACAUCAAAACAAUUGCUGUUGGGACACAGAAUGCUGACACGCUAGAAUUGCAGACUGUGUCUUACACACCUGCUCAUGCAUUUUCUGUGUCUGACUUCAGCAACAUUGAAAAUGUACAUGACAAAUUAAUAUCAUCUAUGACCUACACUCAAGAAUUUGUGGAACCCACACCAGCCAUUUUGGCUCCCACCACAGGCAUGACAAGAGACAUUGUGUUCCUAAUUGAUGGGUCAGAUGAUAUGAGAAAUCGAUUUUCUGCCAUACGAGCGUUUGUUGGGAGCAUGGUGGAGAAGUUUGAUGUGAACCAAAAUAAAGAUCAAGUUGCUGUUGUUCAGUUCAGCAACAUCCCAACAACUGAAUUCACCCUGAACACUCAUAGAUCAACAGAAAGUGUAUUAAAUGCCGUGCAAAACCUUAGACCAAAAGGGGGAAGGCCACAUUAUACUGGAAAAGCCCUACAGUUUGUGAAAGACAAUAUUUUCACACAGAGUGCAGGGAGUCGACACCUGGAGGGUGUACCUCAGAUUCUUGUGGUAGUCACUGGUGGUAGAUCUAGAGACUCCCCUCAUGGACCAGCUGGUGCAUUGAAAAGAAUGGGAGUGUUGACAUUUGCUGUUGGCUCACAGCUCACUGACCGUAUGGAAAUGCAGGUCAUUGCCUCUCAGUCUGAAGAUGCUUUCAUAUCACCUGGCUUGGUUGACUUCAAAAACAUUCAACAGAGUUUGAUGACAAAACUUUCUACCAUCAAAGAUGGGGAGAUCAUUACAUUUGAUGGUUUUGGAAGUGAUGUGACAAAAAGGGAUGUGAUGUUUCUUGUGGAUGGCUCAGACCACACAAGAAGUGGAUUCCAAGCUAUACAAGAUUUCAUAUUCAAUAUCGUGACGAAGCUUGAUGUAAGAAGAACUGGAGAUAGAGUAUCAGUGACUCAGUUCAGCAAUGUAGCAGUGCCCAAUUUCUAUCUCAAUUCAUUUUUGAAACAAGAAGAUGUUUUGAAUGCUAUUAAAGGACUUACACAUAAAGGAGGCAGGCCCCUAAACAUUGGGAGAGCCCUGCAGUUUGUCAAAGACAAUAUAGUAACCACUCUCUCUGGGAGUAGAUACAAGGAGAAUGUGCCACAAAUAUUGGUUUUGGUAGUGGGUGGAAAGUCCAGAGACAAUGUUGAGGCUCCAGCUUCGGUUCUAAAGGACUUUGGAGUGCAGACAUUUGUUAUUGGAAUGGGGGACUCUGACAGAAGGGAGCUCGAAAGGAUUGCGGUCAGCCCAAAACAUCUACAAUUAUUGCCAGAUUCAACUGGUCUCUUAUAUAUCCAACAACAGCUUCUGUCUGCCAUUGUCACCCUUGAAAUCGAGACCACACCCAUAUCACCAACAAUCAUGGUUGACAGAAGAAUGCCCCAAAAAGACGUGGUGUUCAUGCUGGAUGGUUCCGAUGGAACAAGAAACGUGUUCCCAGCAGUGCUUGACUUUGUUCAAAGAGUGGUGGAGAAACUAAAUGUGGGUGAGAGCAAAGACCGUGUCUCUGUGGUCCAGUACAGCAGAGACCCAGUGGCCCACUUCUACCUGAACACCCACUCAAGGAAGGAGGAUGUUCUUGAGAAUGUUAGAAGUCUGAGACAUAAAGGAGGACGGCCUCUCAACACUGGUGCAGCUCUCCAGUAUGUGAGGGAGAACGUGUUCACAGCCUCCUCCGGUUCUAGACGCUUGGAGGGUGUGCCACAGAUACUGAUCCUGCUUAGCGGUGGAAGGUCUUUUGACGGUGUGGACGCUCCAGCCUCGGCUCUGAAGGAGCUGGGAGUGCAGAUCCUUCCAAUUGGAAACAGGAACUCUGACAGCAGAGAACUGCAGAGGAUUUCACACGACCCUAGUUACGCAUUGUCAGUGUCUGACUUCAGUGACCUUCCGAGUGUUCAGGAGCAACUUCUCUCUGUCGUGAGCACUGUAGUAGUGGUGGCCACUCCCAUAACACCAACAGUCAUAGGUAAGAACGCAUGUGUCUGUUGUGUCUUGUGUCGUCCCUGCUGUAAGACAAUGUGGUUGUGUCAGUGACGGAAAGCAAAAAAUGUUAAGUUAUCUACUCAGUUGGACACUAGGGCCAAACGGUUUCAUGCCUGCGGAAAUAGUUGCAAAGUGUGUGCUUGGCAG